AUGACGUUUGUCAACAACAAUACUGAUGGCAGCUGCAGUCCUUUUGCGUCUGCAACAGUCAUCAACCUUCCGUUAUGCCUGAACUUGUGUAUCACGUCGCCAGACUGUUUGGGAGUGUCGUACAAUACUGACACCAAGAGUAGCACAGCACACGACGCAUUUUCAACAGCCACAGACGUGAGUUUUGCCACCGACACUUUUCCGACAUCCAGCUUGUAUACAGAAUAUCUUGGUGGAUCUAAUUCUGUUCAGUCUGAUACUACUUAUGCUUCAGAGUUCACUAGUUUUGAAGUAACGUCGUCGUAUUCGCACAUUGCGUAUACAAGCGUCCUUACAACAGAUUUCCAGGAAUCGUUUAUGGCACCUACAACAUCAUCGCCUGGCGCUGUGGCAUCCCUUGAAUCAUCGGAACCAUCUACAGUAUCGUCCGAUAUCACCUCAUCGCCUCUCGAAUCGUCUGAAACGUUCGCGUUGUUUCCUGCUACAUCUUCAUCUCCGUUGACAUCGUCUGAACCUGUCACGGUGUCUCCGACUACUGAACUAUUAGCGGUCUCCUCAGCCAUCGUCACAUCGCCUCUGUCAUUGUCUGUAACAUCUUCCACGUCGUCUGCUGUUCCUACAUUCACGGUUCAGGCUCUGUCUUCUUGUUCGGAAGUUCCCGUCAACGUGACACUUCCAAAAGGUCCCCAGGUGAAAUGGGAGGAGGUGCUAGCUUUCCGCGAUACGGUGAUGCGAGGGGAACUGUUUAAUGAUGUCGUGCAGUCAACAAUACACUGUGCCGUCCGAUGUUCGGAGUCAGACGUCUGCAGGUCGUUUUUUAUUCGUAUGUCGUCUGGCGAGUGUUAUGGUCACUCUGAGAGUAGUGCCCAGUGCAGUGUCAACAUGACAUUUUCUGCACCAGGGUUUAGGUAUUACACGUUUACUUCUGUGACCGUUUGA